CAGAGGUCAUAGACACGCCCACAUUUCCCUCCAGCAUGGUGGACUAUUUGUUUCGUUCCGAAGUAAACCUAGCAAACGUUAUGUGAACGUGUUGGCUUUCACGGACCGUAUCCAGCUGGCUUUAGUAUUAGACACGAGAAAAUAGAUGUCACAAGACGGAAUCCAUCCGUAAACUCAAUAAUCGCUCGUUAGGCUUGUUAUGCUAACAUUAGCUAGCAGACCGACGUUAACUUUCCUUGAGGAGGAUGGAGACAUCGAACGGAAACACCACCGUCAUGGACAUGUUCGAAAAAGGAAAAGUCAUGAAAAUAUGUGCGCCAAUGGUUCGAUAUUCAAAGCUUGCAUUCAGGUCCUUGGUGAGGAAAUACAGCUGUGAUAUCUGCUUCACCCCGAUGAUAGUUGCUGCUGACUUCCUGCGAUCGGUCAAAGCCAGAGACAGUGAAUUCACCACCAAUGAGAGUGACCGGCCCUUGAUAGUACAGUUUGCUGCCCAUGAUGCUCAGAGUCUGGCUGAUGCAGCCUGUGUGGUUGCACCUUUCUCCGAUGGAGUUGACCUCAACUGUGGAUGUCCCCAGAGAUGGGCUAUGUCAGCCGGUUAUGGCGCAUGCCUCAUCAAUAAGCCUGAACUUGUGAAAGACAUGGUCAGACAUGUCAGAAAUCAAGUGGACAAUCCCAACUAUACCGCAUCCAUCAAAAUUAGAAUUCACAAGGAUCUGAGGCAAACAGUGGAUCUGUGUCAGAAGGCUGAAUCAGCAGGUGUGUCAUGGAUAACGGUCCACGGCCGCACAGCAGAAGAACGCCACCAGCCCGUCCAUUAUGAGGCCAUCAAAACGAUCAAAGACAGUGUAUCCAUCCCUGUGAUCGCCAAUGGGGACAUAAAGUACCUCCGUGAUGUGGAGACCAUUCACCAGCUUACUGGGGUAGAUGGUAGGCCCUCGUCGGAGAUGACGCUGCAAUGGACGGUUGUGGCUCUCUUUCUCUAUGUGGAGAUCGGUGUCCUUAUUAUCCUCUGUCUACCCUUCAUCUCAGCCAGGAGAUGGCAGAGUAUUUUCCAGCUGAGGAUCUGGAGCUUUAUGGCAAGGUUCUGGAACAAAGUGUUUCUCACGAUGAUCAUAGUACUCAUUGUUCUCUUCCUUGAUGCGGUGCGUGAGGUGAGGAAAUACUCCUCUAGAGAUCUCGGUACAGAAGCCAAGCUGCAGCCAAACAUGUUCGAUCACCUGCACAUGAAGCUUUUCAGAGCCCAGAGGAACCUCUACAUCUCCGGCUUCGCUGUCUUCCUCUGGCUGGUUAUGAAGCGAGUGGUCACCUUGAUUAACCAACUGGCAUCAGUGUCCGGCUCCACGGCUGCUCUUCAGGCGCAGGCUGAGAGCGCUAACCAGGAUGUCAAGAAGUACUCAAAGGAAAACGAGCUGCUGAAACAGACUCUGAUGGAAGGGAAGGGGGGAAAUGCUACCACACAAGGCAUGGAGCUAUUGAGAAAAGAGGUGGAUAGACUGAAAGAAGAACUGAGGACCUCAGAAGACGCACUGAAGAACUCCAAGUCAGAGGCUGAUGUAAUAAAGAAGCAGGCGGACGGCCUCGCCAGGGAGUAUGACAGACUGCUGAUAGAACAUCAGGCGCUCCAGAAUCAAGAUGAAAACAAAAAAGACGACUAGUUUCUUCAAGAUAUUUAAAGUUUGAAGUGUUUACACAGAAAUUUAACCCAUUCACGACGAGACACUGCAACACAUGCUUCACCUUCAUAUAACACCUGGUGGCACAGCGCAUAUCAUAAAGCCAGGAGGGAAUCGUAUGGUACUGGGAGGUGAUUCCUAUUCAAAGUCAGACUGCCCUUAAUAACAUUGGUAACAUUAGGUGUGUCCCUGUUUUGGCCCCGGUGACUUUGCAGAUUAACUGUGGGUGGACGUUGCAUUGGGUUUAGUCAGUAAUUGAUUCAGGUCUGAUCACAGAGCCGUUUGUCUGUUAAAAGAAAUAUGCAACCAGGAUGAGUGCUGCUUAAGGUUUGUCGUUAGCGUAGAGUGCAAGAUUUGUUAAAAGCUGGAGAUGUGACUGCUAUGAAUGUAUUUUGAUACUUAUUUCUGCACCCAAUUUGAGCUCAGCUGUGCUUGUGCUGGCAUGGCUGUGCAGAUAUAGUG